UCAACACUGCCAUUGAUGCAAUUCACAUGAUAAAUUAUCUGAAUUUAUCAAAAUAUCCGAUCGAACAAAUGCAGAAAGACCAAUUUGGAGCAAACGAAAAAUGUAAACAGAGACGAACUGUCAUCACGAAAUUCGGGCUACUCAACAAAAUCCGUCGCACAGAAAGCAGUUGUGCAGCCGUGCUGUUUGCACAUCGGACUUUUUCGCAUACACAUCGUCGUUCAUCGUGUUUCAGUACUCGGCGCUGCGAAGCAAUUUUUUUGACGUCGCCCCACUGAUAUAAGGCGAUGUCUUACUCUACGAAGCUCGUAUCAAAUACAUAAAGACGAAUUUGCGGGAAUUCAUGACGCAGACAUGCCAAUUAGAUACAGUGCCUGCAGAGGAAUGUAAGAAUGCUCGCACGUGUUAUAUCAUGGAUAGUGAAAUAUACUCAUUUGAUCUAGACAACAAUGAUGACUCGUAACGCUAAUAAUCUAUUAGAUAAAACAUAAAAUAAAAAAAAUCUUCUGACUCCAAUUCAACCGAAAAUAUUAUCAAGUUAGACUUAACAAAGUUAGCAUUGAAUAUCGUCAAAGGACAACAAAAACAAUUGCCAAUCGAAAGUUAUUUCAAAAUGUGGAACGAUACGGAAAUAGUAACGGAAGUAGGUAUAGCAACUGCCAUAACGUUGGCAAUUAAUAAAUCUGAGCAAGAUAUAUGUUCAACGCCCAUAAAAAUUCGAUAUCCUAGCUCGGUGAUUGGAAUCGAUUUGGCUGUGCCACAAUGGCAAGCAAUUUUAUUCACAAUCAUACUCUCAUUCAUCAUCAUUUUAACAAUAAUCGGAAAUGUUUUGGUCAUAUUGAGCGUAUUUACAUACAAACCACUGCGAAUAGUACAGAACUUCUUCAUUAUUUCACUCGCAGUUGCCGAUUUGACCGUAGCUAUUCUCGUACUGCCAUUUAACGUGGCAAAUAUGAUGAUCGGCAGAUGGAUAUUCGGUAUUCAUUUGUGUAAGAUGUGGUUGACCUGCGAUGUACUCUGUUGUACAUCUUCCAUUCUGAAUUUGUGUGCAAUAGCUUUAGACAGAUAUUGGGCCAUUACUGAUCCCAUAAACUAUGCUCAAAAGCGAACUGUUGAACGUGUUUUAAUGUUGAUUGGAGGUGUAUGGAUUUUAUCUCUCGUAAUCUCGUCUCCUCCAUUAAUUGGGUGGAAUGACUGGCCAGACGUAUUUGAUAGUCAAAAGCACCCAUGUACACUGAACUCGAAUCCGGGAUAUCGGGUGUAUUCAGCAUUGGGUUCAUUUUUCAUACCAUUAAUAAUUAUGACUAUUGUUUACAUCGAAAUUUAUAUCGCAACAAGACGUCGUUUACGGGAACGUGCUCGUGCUUCUCGCAUAAAUGCAAUGAAUUUAACAGCAGCUGUUGCAAGUGGCAAAGAACCAAUACCUACAACGCAGCAAGAUCAAGAAUCAAUUAGUAGUGAAACGAAUCACAACGAACAUCCAAAAGUAACAACUCAUAAAUCUAAGCACAUGGAAAAACGGCGGAAAAAAGAAAAACGUAACAAAGCCAAAGACUCCAUCAAGCACGAGCAAAAGCACACGGACCAUUUGCUGAAGCCGAUGAUGAUAAACGACGAUUCAGCAACCGAUUUAAAUGACCAUUCAACAGAGAGCAUGAAAAUAAAUGAAAACGACGAUGUGGAUCAAAGUUGUUCACUCUACAAAGGCCACCAUCAUAUGAAUCGUACGGAAACAAUGACUAAAAAAGCAAAUACCGUGUAUCAGUUCAUUGAAGAAAAGCAGAAAAUUUCGUUGUCAAAGGAAAGAAGAGCCGCCCGAACAUUGGGUAUAAUAAUGGGGGUUUUCAUUUUAUGUUGGGUGCCAUUUUUUAUUCUAUAUAUUAUCAAACCCUUUUGUCGAAAAUGCUGCCCUUCGGAUGAACUUAUCGAUUUUUUGACAUGGCUAGGCUAUAUAAAUUCGGCACUUAAUCCGAUUAUUUACACGAUUUUUAACCUAGACUACCGACGCGCAUUUAAAAAAUUACUGGGAAUUAAAUUUUAA